AUGUCUGAUUUGGGUCCUCUUAGCUACUUCUUGGGCAUUGAGGUGAUGCACUCCGACUUGGGCUAUUACCUUUCUCAGGCAAAAUACAUACAAGAUCUUCUUGUUCGUUUUGGUAUUACUGAUAAUCGGACAACAACUACACCUAUGGAUCUUCACUUGCAGCUUCGCCCCACUGAUGGUACGCCUCUUGAGGAUCCCACUCGAUAUCGCCAUAUUGUGGGUAGUCUGGUUUAUGUUACUGUCACAAGACCCGACAUUGCUCAUGUUGUGCAUAUAUUGAGUCAGUUUUAUUCUCGUGAUAGUCCGCUUCAGCUUCAUGCUUAUUCGGACUCUACUUGGGCAAGUAAUCCAACAGAUCGCCGUUCUGUCACUGGUUAUUGCAUUUUUCUUGGUUCUUCUCCUCUUACGUGGAAGUCCAAGAAGCAGGUUGAUGUAUCACGCUCUAGCACAGAGGCAGAGCUUCGAGAACUUGCCACUACCACUUCAGAGAUUAUAUGGCUUCGGUGGUUGUUGGCAGAUUUUGGUAUUUCAUGUGAUGCUUCUACACCACUUCUUUGUGAUAAUACUGGAGCUAUACAAAUUGCCAAUGAUCCCGUGAAGCAUGAGCUUACAAAACAUAUUGGUGUCGAUUCUUCCUUUGCCCGAUCUCAUUGUCAUCAGAAAACAAUUGUUCUUCAGUAUGUGUCUUCCGAACUGCAAGUGGCAGAUUUUUUUACCAAAGCACAAACUAAAGAACAACAUCGGCUUCACUUGCUCAAACUCAAUGCUUCGGAUCCUCCACCUCCACCUUGA